CGUAGGGGCCGGCGCCUCCCGCGGCAGCGGCACCGGCGAGGCGGGGGCGUUCGGGGGCCAUGUCGGGUCACGACGGCGGCAUGUCGGGUCGCGACAGCGUGCAGAUCCCCGACGACCGGGACUUCGGGGCGUUCCGGGCGCAGUGCGAGUCGGAGCGCGGCUGGAGCCUCACCUACAGCAAGGGCGGGGUGGGGGUCUGGGUGCAGCUGCUGGAGCCCGAGCGCGCCCUCCACAAGAUCAAGUGCAGGAUGGAGUGCAGGGACGUGCCGGCGGAAACACUGUACGACGUGCUCCAUGACAUCGAGUACCGCAAGAAGUGGGACACCAAUGUCAUCGAGACCUUUGACAUCGGGAGGCUGACGGCCAACUCCGACGUGGGCUACUACGCCUGGAGGUGUCCCAAGCCCCUGAAGAACCGGGACGUGGUCACACUCCGCUCCUGGCUGCCCAUGGGGUCUGACUACAUCAUCAUGAACUACUCUGUCAAGCAUCCUAAAUACCCUCCCCGCAAGGACAUGGUGCGGGCGGUCUCCAUCCAGACAGGCUACCUGAUUGAGGGGACAGGUGCCAAGAGCUGCACCAUCACUUACCUGGCACAGGUGGACCCCAAAGGUUCUUUACCAAAGUGGGUGGUGAACAAAUCCUCCCAGUUCCUGGCCCCCAAGGCAAUGAAGAAGAUGUACAAGGCAUGCCUCAAGUACCCUGAGUGGAAGCAGAAGCAUGACCCUCACUUCAAGCCCUGGCUGUUCCCAGAGCAGAGCCGACUCCCAGCCCUGGCACUCUCCGAGCUCUCCCUCCAGCAUGCAGAUUCCCUGGAAAACAUUGAUGAGAGCUCCCUGGCCGAGAGCAAGGAGGACCGUGGAGAGGGCAGUGACGAGGACAGCCUGACCUGAUUCCCCUGGGAGCUCCUCUCCUUGUUCCCCUGGCAAGGACAACCUGACAUGACCCCCGCUGGGGGGCUCCUCUCUUUGUCCCCCCACUUCCAACAUGGUUUGUGUUUCUAUCUCACACACCUGUACACAUGCAUCCCCACUCUGGGUUCAGGGGGACCCUCCUGUUGUUGUACCAGUGUCUGGGGACAGCAGGGACAUAGUGGGUCCCCCAGGGUAGGAAGUUGGGGGUUGUCUGGUUGCUUAGCCCUUGCAGGACACCAGUGUUGUCCCUAUUGGUGGCAGACCCAAAGUGCCCUUCAGCUUUUGCAGGGGCAGAGGAAAAGGGGGACCCUGUGCCUGCUCCUCAGCCCUGGAGACCCUUCCACUGCACUCCCCCUCUGUCCCCCAUCCUUGCUCUCCAUCUCUGUUACGGUCCAACAGAACUGCCUUCAUCCCAUGGGAGCUCCAUCCCCAGAAGACCCCCAGGGGGUGCUUGGGCACCUACCUGCACCUCUGGGCAUGCAGAGGGGUUUUGGGGGGCUCCUGGCACCUCCUGGCAUGCUGGGAAGGAGGGCCUUUGGGGUUUUUUUGGCAUCUCCGAGCAUGUAGAGGGGAACCUUCUAGGCUCCUGGCACUUCCAGCAUGUUGGUAGGGGUUAUUGGGGUCUUACCUCCAGGUAACCCUCCUCCUUGGGAGGAGCUGAGCUCUUGUCACCUCCAGAUGUGCUGUGGUGGGUGUUUUGGUGGCCUGGGAUCUCCAUUCAUGUUCAGGGGGGGUCUUAUGGGCUCUUGGCAUCUUCAGGUUUGUUUGGGAGGCUUUGGGGUAUGCUUGCACCUCCAGGUAUGCGGAGUGUCCCUGGGGGCUCCCAGCAUCUUCAGGGGGGCUCCUGGCACCUCAGAUGUUCUGCGGGUCUCUGAAGGCUCCUGUCCUCUCCCCUGCCUUUCCAGGAUGGGGACCCUUUCCAAGCUGGGUGCCUUGAACCCUUCCUCCACUGGAAUUUGAGGCCUUGACUGGGGGUUUGGGAGCUGGUCUUUGGCCAUGCUUCUGCCACCUUCUUUUCUGGGGGUGCACAGGGAGAGGGGGGUUUUGUACCUUGCACCGGAGCUGAUUAUUUAGGAAUAAAAUAAUUAAAUCUGGCAUGGGAGGGAUUCAGCCUCUGUCCCACCUCGGUCCUUUGGGAGCCAUUCCUGUCCAGUGCACUCAGGCAAGAGGCCCCUGCUCAUGGUGGGUGCUGGUGAGACCCUCAGGGGUUGUGGGGACCUCCAGGGGAGCUCUGGGUGAUGCCGCCGGAGGGUGACGGAGAAACCCCUAAACUGAAUUAGCAUUGGGCACUAAUUAGGGAUGAGGCUACAGCCCCCUGUAGCCUGCUUUCCCACAGCCCCAGCCAAGCCAGUACAUCUCCCCCAAAAGCACCUCUGGGAGAGGAGACAUGGAGUGCUGAACUUUGGGGGCACUCUGUGGGGUUACAUCCUGGCUUCUCCAGGAGGAGAAUCCUGGGGAAUGGAGCUGACACUCGCAGGGAUUGCGGGCCCUUUGUAGAGCCUUGGGACUCUUUUCUCCUCCUGGGGUGCACCCAGGGGCAAAGCUGCUUGUGCACCCCACUUCUGCCCUCCAAGUGUUCUGGCACCCCAACACUUCAGCAGGCCCCAGCUCUUCUCUGCCCCACAGCAGGGUCUUAGUGGCUGGUGUUGUCCAGCAUGUGCCAUUCUCUGUGCCUGUAUCUCUGUCAUCUGUGG